AGCGUCACGUGUGUGUCACGCACGCACGCGGAUCAUCUGAUGACGUGGUGUGCCGUUCGCUCAGCUGCGCGAGAGGAUGGCGGACCAGAACAGGCAAAUCAAACUCGCUGCAGCCAAGAAAAAGCUGAAGGAGUUUCAACAGAAGACAACACCAUCCACAGCAAGUGCUGGACCAAAGAAGAAGAGGAAGGUUAAAGGAGGCGAUCAGCUGGACGCAGCUGCUGACAGAAACUCGCCGGACAAUGUGAGUCAGAUUGAGAAUAUUCUCAAAGUUAUGGUGUCUGAUCUUAGUCUGACUAAUGGAGAGUCUCAGCCUCCGUUUAUCAGCAACAGUCAGGAUGAUGUGGAUGCGGUGAGCCGGGUCUCGCAGGAGCUGGAGGAGACCAGCGCUGAACCCGUCUCUAACCCCGCUUCUGCUAUUAACUCUGAUAACGCUGGCAUGCAGAAGUACGCAGCAGAUGCAAACGGCGAUGAACAUCCUCUGGAAGAUAACAGGCCGCUGUCGUCCACCGAGAGCCUGAGACAGAUUUCCCAGCAGCUCAACGGACUGCUGUCUGAGUCAACAACAUACAUCAAUGGAGACAGCGGUCCGCCGACGGUCAACGAGAAGGAGUUGGAGACUCGCAACCAGGAGCUGGCAGCGGCUCUGGACUCCAGCGCGCUCACGAACGCCCAGCUCACAUCCAAACUCGAGACGCUGACGAAGCAGUCUCAGGAGCUUUCUGAUCAACUACAGAAGGAGCGGAAAGAGUUUGAGCAGAAGUUCACUAAGGAGCAGGGAGCGAUACGUGAACAGCUACAGGUUCACAUUCAGACCAUCGGCAUCCUGGUGUCUGAGAAAUCAGAGCUACAGACGGCUCUGUCUUACACACAGCAGGCAGUGCGACACAAGACAGGAGAGGCAGAAGACCUGAGCUCGCGGCUGCAGGCCAGUAAACAGCGAGUGUCUGAGCUCGAGAGGACGCUAUCUACAGUCUCUACACAACAGAAGCAGUUUGAGAAGCAUAAUAAAGAGCUUGAGAAGGAGCGGGACAGUCUACGAUUGGAAGUCUUCCGGUUUAGUAAUGUGAGCGAGGAGUCCAGACAGCAGAGCUCAGAGCUGUCCGAGCAGCUCAAGCUGAGAGUAAACGAGAACAACGGCUUGAAGCAGGAGGUUGAUGAGCUCCAUAAGCGGCUGGAGAUGGCCGACGUCAUGCUGCAGCAGUUCUCCAGUCAGUCGGGUCCUCCGUCUGAAGGGCAGCAGGUUCAGCUCCUCCUGGAAGAGAAACACCAGUUAGAGGCUCACGCGGCUCAGCUGAUGGAGUCGGUGGCUCAGCUGCAGGUGGAGAGAGAUCAGUACUCUGGACAGAUACAGGAGGAGGGACGCUUGUGGAGGGACAAAACAGAACAGCUUCUGUCUCAGGUGCGUCUGAUGUCAGAGGAGCGUGACAGCACUGCUGCUCAGAUUCAGGAGCUGCAGGAGAAAAUCACAGAGCUGGAGAACGCUGCAGCUCUGAUGAGUAAAGAGCAGGAGCUGCAGGCCGUGUCACAGGCCUCAGGCCCUUCAGAAAGUGAACUGGCCCUUCAGGAAACCAUCAGCAGCCUUCAGGAGGAGAGAGACGCUCUCAGUCUGCAGUACCAAGCACAGGUGCGAGACAACGAGCAGCUGAGCCGACUGGUGCAGGAACAGGAAGUGAGGCUGGAAGAACUGGAGAGACACGCAGAACGCGCCGCUGAAGAGGCUCAGGAUCGACUCCAGAUUCUGGAGGAUGUCCAGAGCGACAAGGCCACCAUCAGCAGAGCCCUGGCCCAGAACCGAGACCUCAAAGACCAGCUGGCCGAGCUGCAGAACGGCUUCGUCAAGCUGACCAAUGAGAACAUGGAGCUGACCAGCGCUCUGCAGUCCGAGCAGCACAUCAAGAAGGAGAUCGCUCGUAAGAUUGGUCAGCUGCAGGAAGAUCUGCACGGUGCCAAAGAACAGCUGCAGGAGAAGUGCGGAGAGCUGGCGUCUGCGCAGGAGCACAGGGAUCAGUGUCUGGCUCACCUGCAGCAGUACACGGCUGGAUACCAGCAGCUGGUGGCGGAGCGAGAACAUCUGCACCAUCAAGUUUUUGAUAAAAAUUUGUUGAGGUGUGAAUAUGAGAAAGUCACGCUCUCAGUGCUGCAUUACUGCCUCCUGCAGGAGAAACUGAACCAGCUGUCCAGAGACAACGAGGAGCUGAAGACGGAGGUGCAGGAGCUGCUAAACAACUCGUCCCUGAACACGUCACACAGAGACGACGGUGAUGGACUGGAGAGUCAUUCUCUCCCAGAGAGCUUCCAGAAGUCACACAUCGUCAUCCCAGAAGACUUCGAGAGCAGAGAAGAGAUGGAGGAGUUUAUUCACUCUGUCCUGUCGCGUCUGGAGGAGGAGCGAGAUGAGAUGAGCCGCCGCUUCGAGGAGGAGAGGAGACUUCAUCACGAGCAUCAUCAUCAUCCUCAUCCUCACAGCACAGGAGGCUCUGACGGGGUCCCGGUGGAGGUGCACGAGGCUCUGCGGGUGGCCAUGGAGAAACUCCAGGAGCGUUUCACAGCACUCAUGCAGGAGAAGGUGGAUCUGAAGGAGCGGGUGGAGGAGCUGGAGCACCGCUGCAUUCAGCUGUCAGGAGAAACAGACACCAUCGGUGAAUACAUCGCGCUGUAUCAGAACCAGAGAGCCAUCAUGAAACAAAGACACUUUGAGAAGGAGCAGUACAUCAACAUGCUGGCUAAAGACAAGGAGGAGAUGAAGGCGAAGCUAGCGGAGCUGCAGGAUCUGGUCAUGCGUCUGGUGGGCGAGCGUAACGAAUGGUACAGCAGAUACAUGAGUGCCGUCAGUAACCCCGGCCUCCUGUCCUCUGGAGAACACCCCCAUCCUGCUGACGGACACACGGACGGUUCCGCCGUUCUGGACCUGAGCACAGCGGUGGAGGCGUCUACAGCGCCUCAGUCCAGCACAGACCCACAGACUCAAUCCCAGAGUCCAGAGAGGCCUGGAUCCGCCCCCCUGAGACCCACAGAGGACGGCACGGCCCGCCAGAUCAUGCAGCUCCUGCAGGAGAUCCAGAAUCCUCAGGCCAGACCCGCUCCCUUCCUGAGAGAAAACCCCUGCAUCCCGUUCUUCUACCGGCCCGACGAGCACGACGAGGUCAAGAUCCUGGUGGUGUGACCGCGUCCGUCUCUCCGUCUCCGUUUGACGAUACGCACACACAUAUUAAAUGGGGUUUCCCUCUUAGUUUCUCUGCUUUCUUCAGUGGAUAAGAGAAAUCUGAUGCAUUCUCAAGCUCUUUGGCUCCGUUUGGUUUGUGUGUAAACCAGUUAAUCCAUAAGAAUAUCAGUUUUCGCUGUUUUUUUCCCUGAUUCAUUUGUCCUCUUUUACUUUAUCAAAUAAGUGCAAUAGACCGGUGACAGAUCAGUGAUUCAUAUCAGUAUGAUUCAGAUCCAUGCCGGGUGGGAUAGUGAACUCGCACACUAACUAGGGUACAGCGAUGAGUAACAUUGAUAUCAUAAAGCAGGUCUGGAUUAAGAUGAUGAAGAGUUUUCUGAGAGAACCCGAUUAUGAAGCAUGUAGGGGCAGAGUAUCGAGAAGGUAAUGACAUGCAGAAACUGAAUCAGAACUAAAACAUAAAUUCAUGAAUCAUUCAGUCUGAACAUGCAUCACACUUUAGGCCGAGCCGAGAGUGUUCAGUGGACACAAACCGGGUUGUUUUUGCUUUUCCAAUUGGGAUUUAUUGAAAGAUGCAAUUAUAAUUUCUUCCCUACAAACACGCGAGCACCUUGAGUUUUUUCCAGAUGUCGAAGCUUUCGAGAUGUUGGCGAUUGUUUGCGGCUAACUCUAUGACGCUAGCGACCGUCAGCCGAGAGUUUUGAGUGUUGUUCGUAUGUAGAGUGAAUGAUCGAACGUUUGUGAGAGCUGUACAUAUAUAUAUAUAUAUAUAUAUAUAUAUUAGAGAAAACGAUUUGUAAUAAUUCCUCUUACAUGAGCAAAGCUUGAACGGUGAGUUCAUCCAUAAACAUCCUCAGACACAGAGAUACGUUCAGCAGCGUUACAGGGGUUUGCAAUCUACUUCUUCGUGUCUUGUAUGUUUGUGUAAAUAAUUAUAACCGCAGCUACACCUUUAAAGAGCGUUGUGCAUUGCAUAAGGCUGUUUUAUAUGCAUAAUGCUCUUUAGAAUUGUAUGCAUAGAUUUAUUUACAAAAACAUUCAGCCAGUUCUGAAGUAGAAUGCAUUGUGCAUGGCUCUCUAAUGCAUUAUAUUUACACAGGCUUCAUAGAAAGCGUUGCUUUAUCUAUUUACAGCUGAAGAAUUCAAGUGGACUCAUGUAUGUGGGUAUAACUGGAAGCAUGUCGAUUGAGUUUACAUCUGAAUACUGUGUUUGGGCUGCAGUACCAGAGUAUUUCACGCUGCUGUACUCUGAAGCAUCAUUGCACAUCAUCUCUAUCUGCGUUCAUGUAUGAAUAUAUUUUACAGUGAUUCUUUUGGGCGUGGGCUUUAAUCAGACGUUGAUUGUUUUGCUUGUUCAUGUAUCAGAUGUGUAAAUAGUGUAACUGUGUAUCAUACUGUAUAUUGACGAGGAAGGCUUGCGUUUGCCUGCUGAAGACUCGGAUGAAUCUAGUGCGAAGAGAGGACGGGAUGUGUGUGUGGUUUCAUACUGCGGCUGAACUAAAGGAGAAUUCUAUUUAUUUGGGAUAAUUACACACUAAUCUGUUUUAAUUCAGACUAAUGGAACACAAUGAAGGAAUAAUGAGUAGUUCGAGUGAUGAUUUGCCUCCUAAAUAAACCUGAUUGAGCAAAAUGAA